GUUGGCUUUCCUGGCAUUUAUGUAAAUUAUAUGUUUCUGUCACCAGCUGCUCAGAUACUCCAAUGUCCUCUGGUCCUGUCUGGAGACAGUUUGGGAGGAGGGCAGAGUAUAUUGCCAGGGCUCAAGCUCCUCAUACCUGCAGCUUCAAGGUGGUGGUCUCCUUGGACCAUCUUCCCCUGACAUGGGGAAGGUUGAGAAUUUCUGACCUUUUGCUCUUGCUCUGCAAUUGUAGCGUCUGUAUCCAAGGAUAUCUGUUUUCCAAUAUCCACUGCCCCAACUCUUAUCUACAAGGUCCCUAAUGUACACAGCAGGGCAUGGGGUGGCCUUCAGACAUAAACAGAGCUGGAUCAAAGUACAGCCUACAUCUCUGGAGUUAAUAUAUUUCUUUUGCCAUGGAGCAAGUAAGAUGCAGAGGGCAAAACUCCUCUGUCAAAUUAAGUGACUCCAUUUCUCUCUGAGGCUGAUGUCCAAUAAUCUCUGUGUCUCCUUGGGCAACAUAACACAUUGUUGUCUUUUUUAAGAUCCACAUGUGCCUUGCGAAGUUUGGUUUGGAAAAGGUUCCUAUAUUACAUCUGCAUGGCAGCAGCCACUUGAGGUAGUCUCUAAUUGGAAUUCUUGGAAGAUACUUAUUUUAGUGAAGUGAAACCCGGAAGUGUGUCCUUUAGGGAGCAGCUGCAGCACUGAGGGUCCAAGAAAUGCCUGCAGAUUAAGGAAUUUGGUAGAAAGUGGAAAAAACUCUCUGCUAUAGUUGUAUAGACACACACAUGUGCAUGUUUAGACAUAUAUAGGAUCCCUGUGUGGUACAGGCAUGUACCUUGUGUGAAAGGGGAAGCACAGGAAGUGCAGCCAUUAUAUUUAUAGUUGUGCUGUCUUUACAACGAGUGUAUCAGUGGUUGCAUUUGCUUCUCCCGAAGGUACAGGACGCUGUUGUCUCCAGACUCAAGGGCAGGCUCUGCAGCACCAACAGUUACCACAUGGAGUUUCUGCAGUUCUGCUCACCGUGACCUUCUGGGCCACUAGGAAAACACAAUGAGGUGCUGCCGGCCUCGUGCAAUGAACCGUCACUUCCCAGGACUCGCAUCAGGCUUCCUGGGACACUGAGUUGCUGCUUGGGAUCCUGACCGCCUCUGAUUCCUCACUGUGCUGCUGGCAGGGUGGGAUUGAUGUCCAGUUUGGGGCACUGGGCAGAGCCAAGCCCAUCACCAUCCUCUGUGCCCUUGGCAGACUGGGGGACCAAGCUGGACCCUUCUCUCUAAAGGGGCUCCUUGUGAGCAAGGGACAGGCUUGGGGCUGUCCAUAUUUACUCCAGUGGGAAGAGCCACCUCCUUCACCCUUUCCACCUGGGAACUGUGUCACUGCUGGGGAUGGUACCAUAUGGAUGCAGGGUGAGGGCCAGGAGCCUGGCAGCAAGGCACUAGCUGAGCCUGAGCCCCAUCACAGGGCACAGAGCUGGCAGGGGGGUGCCAGCAUCCCCAGCACGGCCGCACUCCAGGGAUGUAGGUGCUGGGCACAGGAGGGGUCCCAGCAGCAAUGGGCCGGCUGGAUGACCAUGCCAAGAGGAGGAUCGUGGAGCUGCGCAGGGCUGGACUGAGCUUCCGCAAGAUCAAGAAGGUGCUGGAGCUGGAUGACAUCCGGGUGACGCCACAGGCUGUGUACCUCUUCCUCAAGAGGAAGAGUGUGGAGCCAGGGUCAGUGGCAGCUGGCUGGGAUGGGGACCAGCCCUGGCCUCCACUGCAGGGGCAUGAGGCUGAGCCCCCCAGGCUGCUGGGCACCCGGCACCCUGCACUGCCCAUCGGGGAUCCUGUGGGCAGCCAGGCACCCUGCUCUGCUGGCAGCCAGGACACCAAGGAGAGCAUCCACAUUGUUGGUGUGGCCUCGCUCUGCAAGGACAGUGGGCGGCCUGGGGACAUUCUGCCUGUGGGGCUGGCCCCUGGGAAUGAUGAUGAUAACUCCACAGGCACAGCCCUGGCUCCAGGGACUGCUCUGGGGGGCCUGGCACCCCUGCCCCAGCCACUGCCCAGCCGAGGGCAGCUGAUCACAUCCCCCACCCAGAACUCAGCCCUGAUGGUGAAAAAGAAGAUUGUGAACAGAGCUAUCCUCUUGCAGAAAAAGGUCAAAGAUGCCAGCACUCAGACUGCCUUGCCAAACCCCAUGGGUCCAGGAAAUCACAGCCUUGCUUGGGGUGGACCAGUCCCCCCCCCUGCUCCCAGCUCUCCAGCCAUCACUGAGAAGCUGGACGCUGUACAGAUGGAGGUGCAGAAGCUGAGCCAGGCCCUGCAUGCAGUGCUGGAGCGGCAGUGCCGCCUGGAACGCCAGCAGGAGCACCAGCAGCGGCUGCAGCAGGAGGUGCUGAUGACACUGCAGCAGCUCAGCUCCACUGUGAGCCACAGCACUGUGCCAGCCACCCAGCCCUGUGGCCCCUUCAGCAGCAUGGGUGAGCCCUCACCCACCAUGCCAAACUUCAGCCAGUUCAAGAUGGAGCUGAUCUGAGCUCCUGCAAGGCCUGUGUAUGCCAGCAGUGUUGUGCUAAUGGCAGGAUGGAGCCGGGAGGAAGAACCAUCUCACAGAGGCUGCCCAAGGAUUACACCUAGCAGAUAAGGUGCCUAGUGCUUCAUCUUCCCAGCCCUGCUGACUGGAAGGGGCUGCCUGGCACAAGAGGCUGGACAGUGGAAGCCUGAGGCCUUGCUCCUCCUGUGCUGCUCAUCCUGGCUGGCACUGGAGCUGGCUGGGGCCCAUAGACCUCAGCAGAAGACAGCUGCCUGCAAGGAAAAGAUGCAGCUGAGACAGACACAGCAGGAAUGUGGGACUACAAGGAUACAGGUGGCUUCCUUCUCAUGAGGGUCAAUGCCAUGAUGAUUAAUCUUGCCCUCCCCUCCACAGAACCGUGUUCAGUAAAAAUCUAUCUAUGCCAAGGUUCAGAAUGAGUGUGGGAUCAGCAUCUGCAUUUUCCCUAGCCCUUGCUCGGCCAGUGAGCAGGCAGGAUCUGUCUGGGGGCACUAUCACCAUGCAUGGAACAGCACAGGGUGCAGAAACCCAUAAGGUGAAACCAGUGUUGCACACAUCAUGUUGUUGGUGCCUCUGAUCAGCUGCUGCGCUGUUAGGGAUAGAUAAGACUGUGUAGGAAACAAUCUUUUACUGAGGAGAUUCCACCCUCCUCACCCCACAAACUCAGCAGAUCUGGAGUCUGGUACUGCUGCUCCCCACUGUUGGGCAAAAUAUGGGCAGGACCAUACCAAUAAAAGUUGCACCCAGGCAGGAGCUGAUUAACUGGGCAUUCAGCUCUCCUCUAACCCAUUUUCCUGGGCAGGACACCUUCCUUCAUACACUACCUUCACACCCCACCAAUCUGGUUUGUGAUCCCCAGUUGCAAGGGUUGUCCCUAGAGCAGGCUGCUAGUGGUGCAGAGCUGCUGUAGCAGAGCAGGGCAUGAUGCUAAGAACCCCCUUGCCUGAAUGAGAAGGGCACAGGGGAGGCUGAUGUGUCCUCACUGAGCAAUAGAGUCCAGAAGGACCAGAGACUGGCCUUGCCUGCCAGGAGGAAAGGUCUGAUGCGAGUGGCCUUGGCUCAGCACCCAACAGUGAGUCCUGAGAGGAGGCAAAGCAUGUGUCCUUCCUCUGCAUCAGCCAAGGAGGCUUCUGUCUGCACAGGCACCAUGCUUGGCACAACCUGUGCCUGUGAGAAGUGCCCAGCCUGUUUCUGAGGUCUCCUUCAGUCCGAGGUCAAAAUUAAGAAGGGUAAAAAGCAAUUCAGGUGUUUGUACACACACACACACACAGAGCUGCACAUGCAUGCACAGAUGUAGAUGCAUGUGGCAGGUCUGUGCAGCAGCCCCAGUGAAUGGGGAAGCUGGACACCCCCUCUGCUCCCCUGAGACAUAUAGCUGGCCCCAGGGCUGUCACAUGCAGCUGUGCCCAGGAGCACAAGAAGUCUGCUGCCAUCUGCCUGUGGUCAUUCAUUUUGAUGUUGGUGUAAUUUUGGGGACCUCUGAAAAGCAGCAAAUGGAAGAAAAACAUAUCAGUUGCUCUGCUCCUUUUCACAAGGCAGCUAAUCUGCACCUCAGGUUUGAAAAGAAGAGGCUGGAUGACCAGCAGUCAGCAGGCACCGUUGUCUCUGUCAACAUUUCAGAGAAAAACAGGAGCAUAACUGCUGUUAUUCCCUGGCAUAUGUACUUAAACCACCCUGGUUUCUGAAAGAGCUUCUCUAAAUCUGACUUAGGCUAUUUCUUAAAAUAUUAAAAAAAUAAAAAAUAAAAAGAAAAAAAUCUGGGUUUUCUAUUCCCCAAAUGUAUUCUAAGAACUUUCCUCAUUUCUAACUCUUGCACAUCAGCCCCUUACUUAGUGCUAAAGAAAUCCAGUAAAAAUUAAUAAAAAUAAAUCACCUGGGCUGGUUAAUUAACCCAUC